AUGGGGUGUAAAGUCCUCGUCUAUGUCGUCCUCCUGACUCUCAUAAAGCAUGUGUCUCCAAGUGAAAUACAGGCAAGCCCAAAUACAAAUGCAACCCUCCCCUGCAAUGUGACGCUCCCUCUUUCUGUAAAGGGGGACAAAAUAGACAAGUCUCUCCUCAAAGUCAACUGGAUAAAUAACGGCUCCGACAUCGCCUCAUUCGGAGGAGCAGCGACGCAAAUAAAGGAAGGCCUCAGUUGGGACACCAGUGAUUUCGUCAACGGGGUCUUUUCACUGACCGUCCUCAGAGCCCGUCUGGACCUGCAGGGGGUUUAUGAAUGCACAGUCAGCUAUAACUCCACACUGCUGCCCUCAAGCAACGUGACAUUUAGUAUCCUCGCUUCCCCCACUCUGUCAAUCCCUCAGCAGUGGGUGGUGUUGGAAACAGAGAGCCAUUUUAAAUGCCAUGCAGACGGUUUCUACCCUCCUCCUGUCUCUUUCUCCUGGACCAGAGAUGGGCAGGUGAUUCAACCUUCCUAUUCCGUUGAAGGUGAACAGAGACCAGAUGGGUACUACAUGGCUGUCGGUAACCUGACCUUGUACCCUUCCCGCGAGGACCAGAAUGUGACCUUUGGCUGCAAAGUGUCACACAAAGGCAACAAUCAAGACCUGGAUUUCAAACUCAAUAUCACAUACACUCCUUCUGUCAGACUUUCUGCCGUUCCUUCGUGCUCCAGGAACGUUCCUCUCACUCUUUACUGUGAUGUGGAGAGUUUCUACCCAGAGGAAGUAUCUGUGUCCUGGCUUCAAAACAGCACAGUCCUCCCAGAGCCCCCCGCCACUGAGCGGAACCCAGAUGGCACCUACAGAACCAGACACUAUUAUACUUUGAGCACUGAGCAGAGGGAGCAAGGUGGGAAGGUGGGGUGUGCAGUAAACCAACCCGGGGUGGUGCACCCAGUCAGUGGCUCAGCGUACCUAGAGAAUCUGGACCCCCAAGAUGAGACUCCGGUGAUGACUAAAUCCGCCAAAGCAUCCGUGGCUAUGAUGUGUAUUUCUAUUGUUCUGGUCUUCCUGCUGUGCUUUGGCUUUUCUUGGAGGAGAAGGGAUGAGAAACAGAAGUCCUUGAAUGUGUCAGGGAUCAUCCUCCCUCCACGCGUGAUUGUAGGUCAAAAGGGCAGAGUGACGGUGAGCAUUGAGGGCAGGAUGGUGGACAGAGUCCAGACUGCUUGGUUCCUCAAUGACACCCCUAUCUCUGACACUUCACUCACAGUGUCAGAGAAAGGCCCUCUGCUGUCCUCCAGAGGCGAGAUGGGUUACUACAAGCUGCACACUCAGGGCCCGCUGCACUCCUCUGGAAGUGGCGUUCAACAGCUGAUCUCCUCGCUCACCUUCAUUCCCCAGAUUUCAUUCCACAAGGCUGCAGUGUUUAAGUGCCAGGUGUCCUACAUGGGCAAAGAUAAGAUUGUGGUGGAGAGGGUGUCAGAGAAGUUUACAAUCCUGUGUAACUGUAUAUUUCAGUUUAUUAUGUAAAACACUGAUUGUGAGAGGCUACAUCCGUGCAACUUCUGUCCUCCAGAUGUCAUCAGCAUGACUGUCCGGGCGUCACAUUUUCAUCCAGACGUCAUUACAUUCCGCUGGUUCUGCCAGGGAAGUGAGCUGAGCCCUGUGGCCUCCCAGGCCUCGUCCUCCCCUCGACCCGAUUCUGAAGGCUUCUUUUCAGCCUUCAGCCAGUGUAAACUGCCCCGCAGUGAACUGGAAAAGGGAGGCACUAAGGUGUGGGUCAGUGUCCAUCACAUCGCCCUGAAGCAGCCGGUCACCCGCGAGACCAGAGGAUUCAUCAAAAGGCCGUCUGUGUCCGAAAUCGUUGGCUCCGGUUCUUCCCCAGGGCAGACUGUGACCCUUGGAUGUGAAAUCACAGACUUCUACCCUCCGAACAUAACAGUCAUCUGGCUGAGGCUCAGAGAGGGGGAGCAAGAUGACAGAGAGGAGGAGGUGAUAGAGGGAGGAGAGAUGUGGGGCCCCAUACAGACUCAGCCCAGACUCUACAGGGCCACAGCCACUCUGAAGAGGACGGCAACAAAUCAGGAGAAGAAGAAGAGAGGAGGAGGGAUUAUUUGCAGAGUGGAGCACUGUUCCCUACAGGAGCCUAUUGAGAAACACUGGAGAAAUGUUGACAUAGAAACAAAAGCUGCCGUCACAGACCCUGACACUGAAGGCAUCGAAUACAUUGAUGAACAAGAGGACGGAGAGAACAACAACAACGUCGACAGAGACGAAGAAACAAAGUCAGAAGAGGACGAGGACAGCGACAAAGAAAGAGAGGAAUACCCAGGAGCACUGCACAUCAACAGAGUCAACUUGAGGAAGGGUCCCAGAGAAAACGAGAAGGCACGUUUCAGAGUCUGCGUGGAGAUCACACACCCUGCACUCAAGCUUCCUGUUUAUCGAACCUGGACAGUGAAAAUUAAAGAAAUGCAGUCAGAUGGUCAGAAAGGCAGCGAGGAACAAGUUGUGAAAAUGGAGCCCGACAGUCCCAACACCAGGGUGGAGAGGACCUUCUGGACAGUUUGGUACUAUAUAACCGGAGCUGUGAACAGAUUAUUCAGACCAGAGCCCACCAACAUCUCCACCAACGACACAAACUCCAUCCAGGAAUCUGCAGUCGACAGUGAGCCCGCUGACCUUGGUCCCACCGCAGAGAGUGAUGCCAGCGGAAGGGGGAUGGAUGAGGAACAGCCUCUUUCGACAGCCUCUCUGCUGAGCUCAUCUAGGCCACUUAUUGCAUGGGAGCUUUGCACCACAGAAAUCGACUUAGGAGCUGAUGAAGAAAGCAUGCAAUACCAAACCCAGCCGAGCAGAGGCGGCGAGAGAAAAGCAUCUGAGAAAGGUGAAGGCACGAGAGAGGAACAGUGUCCCCAAGUGGUAAAAAAUGAUGCAGGGCUGCUGGUCACAAAAGAAUACAAACAAGAAGAAAACAGAGAUCAAAUAUUGAGCACUAGCUGGAGAGAUGAGAUGCCAACUGUUGCGUAUGAAGAACAUACAAACACCAGGUCACUAAAACUCACAGGUGAUGCAAUGAGUGAAGACAGGGAGGAAAGUGGGAAAACAGCUGGUGCUGAGGAGGAGACUGAGAGGGCAGUGACAGUGAGAAAUAUCCAAGUGAAGGAAGCAGAAAGUAAAAUGCAGCAUGAAGAUGAAAAAGAUUUACAGGUUGAAGACAUUGAGGUCACAGAUUUGAGUGUAGACGAGGAGGAUAACGUGCACAUAGAAGAGGCGAAGAUGCCGAUGAACGAGGCAGAUUCAAUGUCGCUGCAUGAGGAAGUAGAAAACCGUGGUGGUGUGCCAGAGCUGGCCUCUGAAAAUGAGAACAAGUCCGAUGAGGGAGCAAAACAAUUUGAAAAUCAGCUGUCAGUCUGUGAAGAGUUGUCAGAUGACAACAGAGAUUUGGAAGGAGACCCAGGCGUUACUUCACUGCAUGUCGAAUCACAAAUGGACGACGACAAAAGUCGCAUUGUGUCUGAGGAUGAGGCAUUUGUAGUUGAUCAAGAGCAUGUGACGGUUCAUAGAAGUGACGAGGAGGACGAGGAGGAUGAGGAGGAAGAAGAAGAAAAGGAAGAGGGUGCUGUCAUUGAGGAAGAAAAUGUGAAUGAGGAUGCAAACAACCAGACAAUAGAUGAGGUGCCAGAGCAGAAGGACGCCCUCGAAACAGUUGCAGAAGAAAGUCAAGAAGACAUUUUAACUGAGGGCGUUACAUGCAGUGAAGAAGUCCUGCAGAAUGCUGCCAAAACAGAGCCGCACACAGCUGAAAUCCAAGAUGCAGGACAAGUGGGCGUUGCUGAGGACGCUGAUGUGCAAACAAAAGCCCAGCCGAGCAGAGGCGGCGAGAGAAAAGUGUCUGAGAAAGGUGAAGGCACGAGAGAGGAACAGUGCCCCCAAGUGGGAAACGAUGAUGCAGGUCUCCUGGUCACAAAAGAAGACAAACAAGAAGAAAACGGAGAUCAAAUAUUGAGCACUAGCUGGAGAGAUGAGAUGCCAAAUGUUGCGUAUGAAGAAGAUGCAAACACCAAGUCACUAAAACUCACAGGUGAUGCAACGAGUGAAGACAGGGAGGAAAGUGGCAGAAGAGCUGGUGCUGAGGAGGAGACUGAGAGGGCAGUGACACCGGAGGAUCCUCAAACCAUGAGAAAUAUCCAAGUGAAGGAAGCAGAAAGUAAAAUGCAGCAUGAAGAUGAAAAAGAUUUACAGGUUGAAGACAUUGAGGUCACAGAUUUGAGUGUAGAGGAGGAGGAUAACGUGCACAUAGAAGAGGCAAAGAUGCAGAUGAACGAGGCAGAUUCAAUGUCGCUGCAUGAGGAAGUAGAAAACCGUGGUGGUGUGCCAGAGCUGGCCUCUGAAAAUGAGAACAAGUCCGAUGAGGGAGCAAAACAAUUUGAAAAUCAGCUGUCAGUCUGUGAAGAGUUGUCAGAUGACAACAGAGAUUUGGAAGGAGACCCAGGCGUUACUUCACUGCAUGUCGAAUCACAAAUGGACGACGACAAAAGUCGCAUUGUGUCUGAGGAUGAGGCAUUUGUAGUUGAUCAAGAGCAUGUGACGGUUCAUAGAAGUGAGGAGGAGGAGGAGGAGGACGAGGACGAGGAGGAGGAGGAAGGAAAGAAAAGAAAAGGAAGAGGGUGCUGUCAUUGA